AUGUCAUUUGCAGUACUCCGAGUUCUUCGGCUCGUGCGAGUGUUCCGGAUAUUUAAACUGAGCAGGCAUUCGGCCGGUCUGCAAAUUCUUGGCAAGACAUUCCGAGCAUCGGUGCAAGAGUUCUGUUUGCUCAUCUUCUUCAUGGCAAUCGCUCUGGUGCUGUUCUCGUCAGGAAUGUAUUUUGCUGAGCAGGGAGAGCCGAAUUCGAAAUUCACCUCAAUACCUGCAUCAUUCUGGUUUGUACUGGUGAGUUUCAAAUGUACCCAUCACCCGAUGGACUUUCAUAGGUCUUUAAUUCACUUCAUUGAAGAAGUGACCUACAUGUGUUCAGCUGCAAAAUCUAAUUCGCAGUAA